AUGAGCGUUGAAGAGGUGCCUCGUUCCGCAGUCAAGUACCACUUCCCCAGGUCAAACACCGAGCCGCAAACUCUAGGUUUUCGCGAGCUUGGUCAACGGUUCUGGGACUUUCAAGAAGGCAUCAACGUCCAUGGAGUUAGCAUGUUACCAGCCGGCACUCCUUCUGAAGGAUCCAACAGUUUUGCAGUUAGCCCCCGUUGGAGCAGCAAAGCGAGCGUUAAAUGGCUCCACACGGCCAUACCUCACUUGCCGGCACACACGAAGCGUCACCUGGCGCCCAUGGUAUCAGCCCACAAUGAUGUAUUGACUGGGCCUAACUGGGCCUACCCUGUCGCUACUUCGGGUAGCCGUUCCCCUACGCCUUUGCAGGUAGCAUCGACAGUACGGCUCGGUACCGAUGGAGAGGAGAGCAUCGACACACGUCUCCGCGGUCGAAGGCGACGGCUCAAGCUUCGAGAAGGUUGGAAGAAGUGUCUUAGUUCGCACCAUUACCAUCGGCCCCCAUCUGCCACGGAUGGGCCCUUGGAGCUAGCGCCAGCCCUUGCCUGUCGAAGGAAAUCAGACCCCCCCGGCUAUCACCGCAGCUCUUCGGCACCGGUUCUGUUACUCUACACAGUACGCCCUCAUGAACAGCAGCGUGAGGUCUCUUGA